AUGACAAAUAUUAUCCAUAUAAAUCAAUUAACGUCAUACGAAAAUGAUUGGAAAAUAAAGGUUUUGGUACUGAACAAAAGUGAAAUCAAGGAUUACAAAAAUGCAAAAGGACCUGGAAAGUUUCAAAAAAUAACUUUAUUGGAUGAUGAGGGAACAAAAAUACAAGCAAUAUUUUUCAAUGAUGUUGUUGAUAACUUAUGUGAUACAUUGAAUGCUGGAAAAACUUAUUUUAUUUCUGAUGCAAUCGUAAAAAAAGUGAAUCCAAAUUUUAAAAAUAUCAACAAAGAACAUGAACUAACUCUCAAUGCCAAUUCAAAAAUUGAAGAAGUUGAAGAUUGCUUAGAUGUAGAAAAAUCAAAGUAUAAUUUUACUAAGCUCAAUGAAUUGAAAUGGGAUGCUGACACAUGCAAAAGGAAUGAAUUAUUAGAUGUUAUUGGAAUACUUGUACAAGUUCAAAAUGCAUUCACCAUAACAACAAGAUUUAAUGUCAAAAAAAAUAAAAGAGAAAUAAAAAUAAUGGACAAAGAGUCUACUCCGAUAUUGCUGACAUUAUGGGAAAAUUAUGCAACAAAGGAAGGGAGCAAAUUGCUGGACAUUGUAUCACAAAAUCCUAUAAUUGUUUUUUCAGCAGUUUCUCAAGUAGAGUACCAAGGUGGCUCACUUGGUACAACAGGAUUUACAUCAAUUGAAAUAAAUCCAACGAUUCCAGAAGCAGAAGAUUUAAAGCAAUGGUAA